CACAGCACAGCAGCGACAGAGAAGGACCUCAGUGUCUGCUUUUGGCAUUUUUCCUCCCCAAAAAACACUCAAAUAUCCUCACAGAUAAUCUUCCAGUGGCUUCUGUCUGCUGUAUUUUUUUUUGCAAGGGGUUCGUUUUUUUCCGGAAGUGUUCGGGUUCGGGUUUCCGAGGUUAUGAGCCGUCCGAAGCCGCUUUGGAGCGUCGCUGUCCGGGGUCCUGAGUGAGAGACAGCCACAGCAAACCUGACAUAACCCGUGAGUUGAAAAGCUCGGCAGCCAUGGAGCUGAGGGUGGGGAACAAGUACCGCCUCGGGAGGAAGAUCGGGAGCGGAUCCUUCGGAGAUAUUUACCUCGGCUCUAACAUCGCUACCGGAGAGGAAGUGGCCAUAAAACUGGAAUGUGUGAAAACCAAACAUCCACAGCUCCACAUCGAGAGCAAGUUCUACAAGAUGAUGCAGGGCGGAGUGGGAAUCCCGUCUAUAAAGUGGUGCGGAGCUGAAGGCGACUACAACGUGAUGGUGAUGGAGCUGCUGGGCCCCAGUCUGGAGGAUCUGUUCAACUUCUGCUCCCGCAAGUUCAGCCUGAAGACCGUCCUGCUGCUGGCCGACCAGAUGAUCAGCAGGAUUGAAUACAUCCACUCCAAGAACUUCAUCCACCGAGACGUGAAGCCCGACAACUUCCUGAUGGGUCUCGGUAAGAAGGGCAACCUGGUGUACAUCAUCGACUUCGGCCUCGCCAAGAAGUACCGCGACGCCCGAACGCACCAGCACAUCCCGUACCGCGAGAACAAGAACCUGACCGGCACCGCCCGCUACGCCUCAAUUAACACACACCUGGGCAUCGAGCAGUCGAGGCGAGACGACCUGGAGUCUCUGGGCUACGUCCUGAUGUACUUCAACCUGGGCUCUCUGCCCUGGCAGGGCCUCAAGGCCGCCACCAAGAGGCAGAAGUACGAACGCAUCAGUGAGAAGAAGAUGUCCACCCCCAUCGAGGUGCUCUGCAAGGGAUACCCCUCUGAGUUCUCCACCUACCUGAACAUGUGUCGCUCGUUGCGGUUCGACGACAAGCCGGACUACUCGUACCUGCGGCAGCUCUUCAGAAACCUCUUCCACCGACAGGGCUUCUCCUACGACUACGUCUUCGACUGGAACAUGCUGAAGUUUGGAGCCAGCAGGACGAAGGAGGAAGGAGCGAGGGAGAGGAGGGAGGGGAAAGAGGGGAAAGAGGGGAACGAGGGGAAAGCGGGGAAAGAGGGUGAGGAGCGAGCGGGAGGAGGUCAGAGAGCAGCUGGAGGUCGAGCUCUGCCUCCUGGACCCAGCCCGGCAGCCGCUAACAGAGUCAGGAACGAGGCGGACGCUGCGCCCUCCACCCCGGCCCCGCGGGGGGUCCAGCCGUCAGGUAACCGCUCCCCUCAGGCGGGCAGAGCAGAGCGAGCUGAGCGAGAGAGGAAGGUGGCCAUGAGGCUGCAUCGUGGAGCUCCAGCCAAAGUCUCCUCCUCCGACGUCACUGCACGCCUCGAGCAGUCUCGCUUAACUGCCUCACAGGUCAGUGUGCCGUUUGAACAUCUGGCAAAAUGAAUUCUUCCUGGCCUGCAGGUCAGUGGCAGCAGCUGCAGGGUGUUAAAUAGCCCUUAAUUUUCAGUGGAUGAAUGAAGAGAUGAAUGAGUUUCUGAGGACCAGAGGAGCAGCAGGAGGCGUUUCGGGCCUUUAAAGAGGGAGUGGAGGCCGUCCGUGUGUCUGUCAGUGUGCUGUGUGAACAGUGGUGACCAGGAAGAGCCGGAGAAACACUGAGAUGUUAAAAAAAAGCGGGACACACAAAAAACUCUGGAUCUGAUUGGUUCUGCUUUUUUCCGGGUUGUGGCCGCAGCAGGAAGUGGGUCAAACAGGCCCCGCCCUCUUCUUCACUCAUCUUCACCUGCCCAUCGACUCGAGGCUCAACUUGCAAAAAUAAUCCAUCAAAGUGCACAAAACGGACUAAAUUGAAGUUAUUCUGUGGUUUACACCUGUGAUAAAAAAAAUGUAAAAUCAGCUAUAAAACCUGCUAAUGUUUAAGAGCUCCAUCCGCUGCUUAUGGUGUUCUUGAUUAUAAACAAAUAUGUAAACAACUAUGGAGACAGUGUAUUCAGGCUCAAAACAGAUGGAUCAAAGAGCGUGUGAGAGGCUGCUUUUCGUCAAUAUGUGUCGGUGUCUGUCUGUGUUACUGUCUGAAGUGUUUGCUUUAGAAAGCCUAUAGGAUGGAGGAGAUUAGAGUGACUGUGAAUGAAUUAUAACAGAAGAAUAGUCCCAAUUAAAAUGGAAAGGGAGAGCCAUGAGGAUUGUACGAUAUGAUAAAGCCUUUAGCGUGCCAUGUAUGAAAAGACUAGAGAAAGUUUUAACAUAUUCACUGGUGAACAAGUUUGUAUUGUUUUUUAGUUCUUUUUCAUUUUUUACUACAUGUAUAAUGUGUAGAUACCUCAAAAUGACUACAAAGAGACGUAAGAAAGGGUCAAAAAUCAUCCAAUACAACUACAAAAAGACACAAAAGGACUCCAACCUAUAGGCUGCACAAGGAGCAAAACGACCACAGACAAAACAUAAUUUGAGAAAGUUAUAAAAUUAACUAUUUUUUAUUAUAGUUUUUUUACUUUAGCUUCUUUUAUUUCACACACAUACCAUGUAUACAUCACUUCAGAGGACAUUACAUUGACUUACAUGCAUUUCCUGGAGACUUAUCCUAACCUUAACCAUAACCAACACAUGCCUAACCCUAACCCUUAACCUAAACCUAACCAAGUCUUCACCCUAAAAUUAAUGAUUCCCUUAUGGGGACCUCCAUUUUGUCCCCAUAAGGGAGGCGAGUCCCCACACGUGACUGUGUAAACAGAUGUAGGUCCCCACAAGGAUAGUAAUGCUAGGCCACACACACACACACACACACACACACACACACACACACACACAAACCAGUAUGUUUGAACAGCUAUCCAUGUCUUUUGUCCUGAAUGACACCUGACUCCCUGAGAAAGAAAUUGUUUACACUCGGUUGUUAUUUAACUUCAAUGAUUGAUACAAAAAUCAUCCAAUACAACUACAAAAGGACACAAAAGGACACAAACUAUAGGCUGCACAAGGAGAAAAACAAAUUUGAGAAAGUUAUAAAAUGAACUAUUUUUUAUUAUAGUUUUUUACUUUAGCUUCUUUUAUUUCGUUUUAUACUACAUUUGAAAUGUAUAGAUACCUCAAAAAGACCACAACGUUACUCCAAUGAAUGGCAACUAAAGGAGAAAAACAACCACAGACAAACAAUGACUUGAGAAAGUUAUAAAUAUUGGUGGUGGACAACUUUUAAUUACAGUUUUUUACUUUUUUGUUUUGUUUUAUUCUACAUGUUAAAUGUAUACCUCCAAAUGACUUCAAAAACACCAUAAAUACAUUCAUAACAACUACAAAGAAACACAAAAUGACCCCGAAGUAAUAAUAGUAAUAAACCAGGGAUGAAACUAUAACUUGAGACAGUUAUCAGAUCUUGGUGGUGAACAAGUCUGUAUUAUUGUUUUUUACUUUGGCUUUUAUUCCCCUUUGUUUUGAAUACAUGUACAAUGUGUAUAUACCUUUUGCCAGAAUGAGACAGAUUGUUUAAAGUUUGAGCUGGAGAGAGAAAUGUUGACCUCCUGACGGCGCUGGGUAAAAUGUGAAACACACACUUUAACCCUUGGAGUCCGCCAGAUGUGUGUGUUUUGUUUCUCAGUGUGGCGGGCAAUGACAGAGAGGUUUCUGUUCAUAUUUAUUGACGAGUGUUUGGACCCAGGUCUGUCAGGAGGGACGGAUUUCAACGAUGGGAUGGAGCUGACAUUUCUUCUUCUUCAUGCUUCAACUUUAUUACUAUGAUGUUUGUGUAUAUUUUCUGAAUCAAUUAAAGUAUACACAGCUUAUUCA